AUGGACGUCAAGUCAUCCGUGCCAGACCCAGAGUCCAAGAGCUCCAGAACACACUAUGAACAGAGUAUUGGUUCCGGGGCAAUGGGGCAUCAGGUUAUCAACGUUGGCCCAGACCAAAAGAACAAUUACGGCGAUGGCACCAUGAUCGUUGGGCAUAAUAUAAACUUGGAGCAAUCCAACAAACUAACGCGGGACGAAAUCCUCAAGACACUCAACAAAUCGCCGUACGAGAGGAGAAAGAACAGGAAUCCAGAUCGUGUCCCAGGGACGUGUGAGUGGUUCACAGGACACGAUUAUUUUAAGCAAUGGCAAGAAAGUAAAUCGUCAAGUAUGCUCUGGGUAUCUGCAAAUCCCGGGUGCGGAAAGUCGGUUUUGGCUAAAUAUCUAGUCGACUCUAAACUCAAGUCUACAAAAUCCAGAACAAUCUGCUAUUUCUUCCUCAAAGACGACUUUCAGGAUCAGAGGAGCGUGAAAAGCGCUCUUAGUUGCAUCCUUCACCAACUCUUCACAGAAAGAAAGGAUCUUUUCUCUAAUAAUAUCGUCAGGCGGUUUAGCGGCUAUUCAGCACCCCUUGCCAAUUCAUGUUAUGAACUAUGGGAGCUCUGGGACGUCCUGGUUAUGGCUUCACAAGAUAAGAACGCCGGCGAGAUAGUCUGUAUUCUUGAUGCAUUCGACGAAUGCGAAGAUCAUGAACAACAGGAUCUUGCGAGUGCCUUGUGCGAUUUCUAUGGGCCGGGGAAUGACGCGAAGAAGAAUGUCAGCUUGAAGUUUCUCGUGACAAGUCGGCUCCAUAACGACAUCGAACGUGGCUUCCAGCCUCUAAAAAUACCGGAGCUGCCUGUCAUUCACCUCAAGGGAGAAAGCGAUGCAGAAGUAUCAAAGAUUGCAGGAGAGAUUGACCUCUACAUAGUAGAUGCAGUUGCGCGUAUCCGGGAAGAUAAAGGUCUUCAGCAAAGCGACGAACAAUCACUCUUGCAAGGGCUGCGGGCCAUUGGCAAUAAGACAUAUCUAUGGGUUCAUCUCACACUGGGAUGGAUUAAAAGCGUGGUUAGCAACACCAUCACUGAGGUUGACAUACGCUACGUUGUUAAUUCGCUUCCACACUCCGUCGACAAGGCAUACGAGAAAAUUCUAGCCAGAAGUACGAAUCCGGAAGAAGCCAAGAAGUUGCUGCACAUUGUCGUGGCAGCAGCACGGCCAUUGACUCUGGCAGAAAUGUAUCUUGCGAUAACAAUACAAGAAAAGCACAAAUCGUAUAAGAAGCUGGGUAGUAGACCAGAAAACUUCUUUAAAGAGCACAUCAGAGACCUCUGCGGCCUCUUUGUGAACAUCUCAGAAGACUCGAAGAUCUAUCUCCUUCACCAAACUGCGAAAAUUUUCUUGGUCCGCAAAGACGAUCCCGAUCCUCUCCAGGACCAAAAGAACCAGCGCUUAUGGAAAUCGUCACUGCAGCCACAGCUGUCCCACCGAAUUCUUUGCCAAAUCUGUAUCUGGCACCUGCUUUUCAAUGAAUUUGAAGACCAACCUCUAGAGGAGACCGGGAAAGCUGAUGACUACGUUGGCGGUCACGUCUUCCUCGAAUACUCUGCUACCAAUUGGGCCGCCCACUUUCGAGCGUCUGAUAUCGAAGACGAUAGCAUUAUAGAAUGCCUGAAGAAACUUUGCGAUGCAGGUUCUAAUCGUUGUCUGACCUGGUUCAGGAUUUACUGGGUGAAAACACACGGUGGAUUUCCUCUGGAUUUCACGGCCCUUAUGAUUGCAUCGUAUUUCGGACUCGAGCGCAUUGUAAAGCUUCAGCUUGGAUUGAGAAAUGUCAAGAUAGACUCCAGAGACGGUACCUACCAGCGUUCGGCGCUCUCCUGGGCUUCAGAGAACGGGUUUAGCGGUGUCGUAAAGCUGCUGCUCGAGGGCCCGAAGUUUCGCCUCAAAACACUCGCAACCAGGCCAUGGCUUUUGAAAGCAGCGAAAAUCGAUGCAAGGGAUAGACACGGUAGAACGCCACUGUCAUACGCCGCUUGGAAUGGUCAUCAGGCCAUCGUCCAGCAACUGGCCAGUAAAGGCGCUCGGGCCGACUCAAAAGAUGACAUUGGAGGAACGCCAAUUUCCUACGCUAUUUGCACUGGACAGCAGGAUAUAGCUAACCAAUUAAUGAAAGGAGCUCAGGUUGAUUCAGUAGACGAGAUCCGUCGGACUACACUGUUGUCCGCGACGAAAAAGGGCCAUGAACACAUCGUCAAACGACUGCUCGAUAAUGGCGCCGAUAUCGAGGCGAAGGAUAAAUAUAACGAGACGCCGCUUUUUGGGGCUAUUCUAGAAGAGGAUAAGACUAUGAUAGAGCUACUGCUUGAGAAGGGCGCUAAUAUUGAGGCGAAGAAUAGCAAUGACGAGACGCCGCUUUUUUGGGCUAUUCUAGGAGAGGAUAAGACUGUGAUAGAGAUACUGCUUGAGAAGGGCGCCAACACCGAGGCGAAGGAUAACAAGGACCAGACGCCGCUCUUUUGGGCCAUUGAGGUGGGGGAUAAGACUGUGAUAGAGCUACUGCUUGAGAGGGGCGCCAACAUCGAGGCGAAGGAUAACAAGGACCAGACGCCGCUCUUUUGGGCCAUUGAGGUGGGGGAUAAGACUGUGAUAGAGCUACUGCUUGAGAGGGGCGCCAACAUCGAGGCGAAGGAUAACAAGGACCAGACGCCGCUCUCGUGGGCCGCUCAGUGGGGGAAAGAGGCCGUGGUAAAGCUAUUACUUGAGAGGGGCGCCAACAUCGAGGCGAAGGAUAACAAGGACCAGACGCCGCUCUCGUGGGCCGCUCAGUGGGGGAAAGAGGCCGUGGUAAAGCUAUUACUUGAGAGGGGCGCUGAUAUUGAAGCAAAGAAUGGGACAUAUGGCCAGACGCCGCUUUGGUGGGCUGCUCGGUACAGGCGCGAGGCCAUGGUACAGCUCCUGCUUUUGAGAGGCGCCAAUAUCGAGGCGAAGGAUAAAAACAACCAGACGGGGCCGUUCAGUGGGGGGAUGAGGACGUGGUAA